CGCUUUUCCUCAACAACCAUUCAAUCAUCUCCCCAUCCCCAUUGUAAUCCAUUUCCAAUCGAAACCACUGGGGUUGUCUCCAUUCCCGUUGAUGAAUCAUGGUCAAGGCAGAACCAAUCGCCUCUGAAGGCCCUCGUGAGUGGGAGAUGCUCAAGUACAUACCAAACUGCUGCUUUUGUCCGCUGUCUGCUUGGGUUAACUUUGGUUCCCAGACACGAUGGGUAGACUGGCUCCUGUAGACAAGCGCUGACGUCCCAACACAGAUAUGCCUCUUCCUUCACCACGAGCACGAUCACUGGAGAUGCUCCUUGUUUCGACGCCAUCUUGAAUGCUCUCUCACAGCUGGCCGCAUUCCGUCUCCAGGCUCGCCGCGCCAUCAUCUCAUUCUUUGACCGCAAGUAUCAGCACAUUGUCGCUGAGGCCACUCAGUCCUCUCCCAUUGGCCCCUGCCCAGACCGCAUCAGGGACCGGCUCUGGCCCUCUGGGAUUCACCCUCGUGGCGAUAACAUGUGCGAGCAUGUCCUUCAGUUCCGGAGCACGAAACCUGCCUCUUUGGAUCACGAUGUGGGACUGGAGGUCUUGGUCAUUCCUGACCUUGCCGAAGAUGCCCACUCACCCAGUGGCUCAUGUGUCCAAGGGCUUCCUCAUCAUCGAUUCUAUUGCGGUAUACCUAUCCAAACCCCCAGAGGAUUCAACAUCGGUGUUUUGAGCGUUUUCGAUGACAGUCCCAGGCCUAGUGGUCUAGAUCAGGCUUCCAUCCAGCUCCUGAGGGAUCUCUCCAAGACCAUCAUGUCCUAUCUAGAGACGCGUCGCGCCACAGAAAAUUUCAUUCGCAGUGAGCGCAUGGUGAAUGGCCUUAGCCACCUGAUCCGUGGCAAUGACAAUGCUGCCAACGACGUUCCUAGCUCUAGACAGUGCGACAGCCGGACUCGGAGGUUUCAGCAAAACGACCCAUCUAGCAACCAUGUCUCUGGCAGUCACAUGAUGAAGACCAGCGCAAGCUUACAGGAUAGCCCCGAGUGCUCCAAUGGGGCUACAAAUAAACUUCCCUCACCUUUCACCAAGCCAGCAGCUCUGGCUUCACUCAGUCCAGCCACCCAUCUUCAGACCGACACAUCGCAUUUUGUUGACCCCCAGAAAGUUGAGUUUGCAAGCAUGCUUAGCAAGGCCGCGGAUAUCGUCUGUAAUUCACUGAAAGUUGACGGCGCACUCUUUCUCGAUGCAGGUGUCAACUCCAUUGGGGCUCCCAUGGAACAUGAGAAUAAGUCGUUACACUCUGUGAACGAUUCCGCAUCGAGCAGCGAGGACAGCUCGGCGGACCACGUCAGCGAUCCCCAGAACAAGAGGCCUUGUACCAUACUCGCCCUCUCCACCAUUGAUCAGGCUAUACUGGACCUAGUCCAACCAGGGUUGCAAAUAUCGCUCAAUCAGAAGACCCUUAAAAGACUAAUUUCCCGCUAUCCAAAUGGAAAAGUUUUCAGUUUCGAGGAGUCGGGCUCGUUGUACUCAGGGGAAUCAUCAUCCGGAGAGGAGACAGACCCUCGUCUUCCCGAUACCCGAACUGCAAAGACGGCCGCAGAUAACAAAUCCACCUCCUCACGUAAGGAUGAAGCCAGGCCCGUUGCCGAGCUAUUUGCCGGGGCGAGGAGUGUUGCAUUAGUCCCCCUAUGGGAUCCCUCCCGAAACCGAUUCUACGCUUGCGGCCUCGUCUGGAGCAAGACAGCCGCUCGCAUUCUCACACCAGAAGCAGACCUGCCGUACCUGAAAGCCCUUGGGAUUGUCACCAUGGCUGAGAUCAACCGGAUCGACAUGACACUCGCCAACAAGGCCAAGGCGGAUCUGCUAGGCACGUUAAGCCACGAGCUCCGUUCGCCGCUCCAUGGAAUCUUAGCCGGUGCGGAGCUUUUGGCCGGUACUUCACUCGACCUGUUCCAGCAAGAAGUUGUACACGCGUUGGAAAUAUCCGGCAAGACACUGCUUGACACCAUCGAUCACCUAUUGAUAUUCAGUAAAGUGAACACUCUCUCGCGAGUGUUCAAGUCGCAAAAGGAGCACAGGAGACACCGUAGCCCUUUCGGAUCCGGUAAACACGAUGAGGAGAGCAGAGCAAAUACUAGGCCCGAGAUGCAGUCUCUGUGCUCAGAUGUUGCAUUGGACAGACUCGCCGAAGAAGUUAUCGAAACCGUCACCAUCGGCCACAGUUUCCACUACGCAGUCAUGCCACAAGGGCCAAGAUGGCUCACGCCAGAUGCGGAUCUGGUCGGCAAGGUACAAAUCACAGUUGAUAUAGAUCAUCGCAAGCCGUGGCUGUUUCGUACUGCACCUGGUGCUAUCCGCCGAAUUCUCAUGAACAUCCUCGGCAACGCCCUGAAGUACACGUCCCAAGGCCACGUGAAAAUCAGCCUUAAGCAGGAAAAGGGCACCUUACACAAAGGGCCGCGAAAGUCAACCACCGUAGUCCUUACCGUUUCGGACACGGGCAAGGGCAUUGGCGAUGAUUUUCUGCACAACAAACUCUUCGUUCCAUUCUCCCAGGAAGAUUCGCUUACUGUGGGCACCGGUUUAGGGCUCAGCAUUGUGAAGCAGAUUGUCACAUCACUCGACGGCUCCAUUGGCGUUCGAAGCCAUGUCGGCAAGGGCACGACCGUGUCAGUCUCCUUGCCACUAGCUUACGCCGACCCUGGAACUGACAACAUGGGUAAGACAGAGCGGGAAGAAGAGCCAUUGGGUUUCGAUGGCAACAUUCUUGACUCUAUCCGGGUGGCAGCUGUGGGGUUCACCCGCGUCCCGUGUGCUGCUGCCGAGGUCAACAGCGCGGCACAACUCCCACUGGAAAGUCUGCCUCUGAAGUGGUUCAAUAUCAACCUCUGGGAAGCUGAGAAGGAUGAUCCUACCGCCCCUGGCCCCGAUAUCAUCAUUUAUAGUGAGGCUGCCUUUAGCAAACUUGAUGAGAAUUCCAUCAACGGCCACCUCCUACCUGGGGUCGUGAUAUGUCACAACGCCGGAACUACUGUAAAGCUAGAUACGCUGUACAGGGAGUCUGGCACAAAAUCUGUAUUCGAGUUCAUUCACCAGCCGUGAGUCGAGCCGCGAUCAUCAUCUAAUCAUCUACUCACCGACUGAUAGGAAUACACCCCGAAAGUUCGGCAGGAUCCUGGGCUAUGCUCUCAAUCGCUGGAAGCAGCUGCAAACAACACAUACUCUGAGUAGCACAGAGGGUUCUGGCAACAAUACUGACGAGUCUCCUUUUCCCGUAUCGAGCGUAGAUAGUAAUCGGUCGUGGAACUGGACGAAUCGAGAACAGUCUAGUGAGAGUGCAUCAUCCGCGGAUAGCCAGCCCGACCAGCAGACGAACUCGAAUUCGAACCCCAAUGGACCGAUCAAAUCUGAGGAUCAAGGGCCUCAAUCCAAACAGACACGCGGAAGCAGCCCAGACAACUCAGCAACGGAAGAAGGGUCUGUCCAGCCGCAUUCCGAGUUUCUUCUUGUAGAUGACAACUCGAUUAAUCUGAAGAUUCUCUCCGCCUAUAUGAAGAGAUUGCACAGAAAUUAUCGCACGGCUGUGAACGGCUUCGAGGCUCUGAAGACGUUCCAGUUGAACCCAGAGAGAUUUUGCUGCGUCCUAAUGGAUAUCAAUAUGCCAAUAAUGGACGGUCUUGAAGCGACGCGACUCAUCCGCAAAUUUGAGAGGGAAUAUCACCUUAAGCCUGUCACCAUCAUCGCUAUUACUGGUCUCGCAACAGAUGGCGCUAGAGAUGAGGCGUUUGCCAGUGGCCUUGAUGUCUUCCUGACACGACCAGUCAGUUUGGGUCAACUUAUACCAGUACUUGAAGAGAGGGGUGUUAAUGAGGCGAAGGCCAGAAUAAAGGUGUAAAAGUAAGGUAUUUACGGGAGGAGUGAAUUCUUUCAAUGAGUGUACCACCACUCAGGCUUUCUAUCCAUACCCCAUACCGGUGUUCCAUACGGGGCCUCAUGGAAUAUGGAAUCUGGAAUUGUCGCAGGGUAGGCAUGGUCUUCAUGGCCUCAGAAAACAACUGUAUUAGUAAUCUAGCUAUAUGCUUUAAGUAACUCUACGAAAUAGAAUACCCCGCACAAGAAACAACUUAAGAACAAUUAAAAAAAAAA